AUGGACAAUAAAGUCUAUAUUCAACAUUUGAAUGAUUUUGCUUGCAAAGCGCAAAUCAAGAGUAGCCCGGAAGAUACUGUCGAACAACAGCUCCAGUCUCUCUGGGCAGACGUGCUCGAUCGUCCGAUAUGCAGCAUCGACACAACGAUCCCUUUUACACAAUUUGGGGCAGAUUCCUUGGAUGUGAUUCGAUUCAUUUCCAAAACCCGGGCUCGAGGAAUAGAAUUCGACAUUCCGCAAGUCUACGCUAGCAAAGCUAUCCAACAGCUUGCUCAUAUCCAGCAGCCUCUUUUACAGCAGCAGACUGCGAUUCAAAAACCAGUGUAUCAGUCAUUCAGCGCAAUUACGGUCAAUCUACCACUAGGCAUACUCAUAAAGAAUGCAUCUACCAUAUGCCAAGUUAGGGUAGAAGACAUUAAAGAUAUUCAGGACAACACAGUACCAAGUUGGCCUGAUGACUGCGGACUUGAGAUCACCAGGGACAUAUGUCUGCGCGUUAUCGACGUUGAGGCUGGCAGACGCGACCUCGCUCUAGGGCUGUCCCAUGCUCAAUACGAUGGUUUCUGUUUGCCGACAAUACUAAACAAUCUCAGCUUGGCAUAUGCUGCUGGGAAGCGUUGGGAAAAUCCAAGCCGGCCUAGGUAUAGAGAUUUCAGCAAGCACACGGCCAACCAGUGCAAUGAGGAGUCUGAUUGCUUCUGGAGAGAAAAGUUAAAGGGUAGUACCCUCACAAGCAUUGUGAGACGUUUGGGCCGCAACGCUCGACCCAUCAUGUCGCAAGGCUUGAAGCAAAUCAUUCCAUUCCAAUUCAAUAAGCAUUUCGGAACCGUCAGCUACCCUGUGAUGCUCAAAGUUGCAUGGGCAAUUGGACAAGGCGGCCAAGAUUCGGCCGAGGCUUGA